ACAUUUCAUCGUUUGGUUGCGCGCGGCUGUCUCUCUCUUCUCUUCUCUUCGUGUUGCUUUCUCCCUCUCUCCCACCAAGAGGUUGAAUAUAAAGCUGAAAAAAAACUGAAUAGCAACCAACUGAGUAGCAAUUUAGCAAAGCUCUUUGGAUUCUAGAGAUAAAUAAACAAGGCAACAACUGAGAAAGAAGAAAAGACACCAGAAUGGCUCUGAGUUUCAAUUCCAUGAUGACUUUCCCAUCUCACAACCUCCUUUCUAAGUCCCACAAUCUCAGUUCACCAAAAAUCUUCAUGGCCUCUACUCUUCACUCUUCCGCUAAAGAGAUGGAAAAUUUGAAGAAGUCUUUUUUGCCUCCACGUGAGGUACAUGUUCAAGUGAAACAUUCACUGCCUCCUCAACAGAUUGAGAUCUUCAAAUCAUUAGAAGAUUGGGCUGAUAAGAACAUCUUGGUACACCUAAAGCCAGUUGAGAAAUGCUGGCAACCACAAGAUUUUCUUCCAAUGCCUGAAUCAGAUGGAUUCUAUGAUCAAGUUAAGGAGUUGAGGGAAAGAGCAAAGGAAAUUCCUGAUGAUUAUUUUGUUGUGUUGGUUGGAGAUAUGAUCACUGAAGAAGCCCUACCAACUUAUCAGACAAUGCUUAAUACCUUGGAUGGAGUUCGGGAUGAGACUGGUGCAAGCCUUACUUCCUGGGCAAUAUGGACCAGGGCCUGGACUGCCGAAGAGAACAGGCAUGGUGACCUUCUAAACAAGUAUCUUUAUCUCUCGGGACGAGUAGAUAUGAAACAAAUUGAAAAGACAAUUCAAUAUCUUAUUGGAUCAGGAAUGGAUCCUAAAACAGAAAACAAUCCCUACCUUGGGUUCAUAUAUACUUCAUUUCAAGAGAGGGCAACAUUCAUCUGCCAUGGGAACACAGCCAGGCAAGCCAAAGAGCACGGGGACCCGAAAUUGGCUCAGAUAUGUGGUACCAUUGCCUCAGAUGAAAAACGCCAUGAAACUGCCUAUACAAAGAUUGUGGAAAAGCUCUUUGAGAUUGAUCCAGAUGGCACUGUCUUGGCUUUAGCUGACAUGAUGAAGAAAAAAAUAUCAAUGCCAGCCCCCUUGAUGUACGAUGGUCAAGAUGAUAAUCUUUUUGAACAUUUCUCAGCUGUUGCCCAGCGGCUUGAAGUGUAUACUGCUAGGGAUUAUGCUGAUAUUUUGGAGUUUUUGGUUGGAAGAUGGAACAUAGAGAAGUUGACGGGUCUUUCGGGUGAGGGACGUAAAGCUCAGGAUUUUGUGUGUAGAUUGCCGCCCAGAAUUAGAAAGUUGGAGGAGAGGGCUCAGGGAAAGGCCAAGCAAUCAUCCACUGUUCCAAUCAGCUGGCUUUUUGGUAGAGAAGUAAAGGUUUAAGUAUAACUAGAAGAGUGUUUUCGUUUUUCCUUUAGAAUGUGUUUCUUCUGUAUGCCCUUUCAAUGGAAUGGUGUGCUUAAAGAUACUCUCUUUCUCAAGCAA